AUGACAGACUCCACCACAACGGAAGUGACCAUUACUAUCAAUGAAAAUGCAAAUCCCGUUGACGCAAAUGGAAAAGAAUGGACAAUGGAAGAAUGGCAAGAGUACCAAGAGAUGCACCGGAUUUAUCAUGAAAUACUAGACAACCACGCCUCGAAGCAAGAGUAUCAUAAUAAUUGGGCAUGUUCUCAGUGUUAUCCCGUAACGUCUAAACGGCUACUUCAGCAAUCAGAAAAUUUUAAAUGGUUUAAAAUAUCCGCUAAAAUACUCAAGUUAAAUGUAACACAAAACGCUGCAAUAUAUAUGGAUGAGAUUGAUUGGAAUGGCGAUCUUUCCGAUAGACGCACAAAAGCAUAUCGAUUAUUAAUUCUGUGCGGAUUUCUCCAAUAUCCCGUUAAUUGGGUAACUGCGGUAGAUGUUACACUAUACGCCUUGCAACACGAAAAACCUUACCCUAAUUUCAAAAGCGAAUAUUUGCCUAUAAUUCCGAGAGACAAGAAAGAUGAAAUGUAUACAGAUGCGAUCGAACGGGUGUAUCGAAAAAACCCACAACAUCUUAAAGGAAAAUACCGGCCUAAAGGAAGAAACGUUACUCCACCACCAUUAGUAAUUACCAAACCAACAUCUCCAUUUUCCGGACAAAGACCAACGACAAGAGAAGAAGCUGAACAAGAAUAUCUCGAAGAAUCUUCUAGAAUUACGACAGUAACUUCCGAAAGCGUUAACCAUCCUUUUAGUGAGGCAGUACGGUUAGCCGAUGUUAGAUUCCAACUGUUUCUAAAGUAUCAACAAAUGUCACCCGAGGAGUUACACGAGAUGGAAAUAACAAUCGAAAGAUUGCAACAAAAUUGGAGAAACGUUGUACAAAAUCGAUAUACGCAUUACUGGUUAUCGAUGGGACGAAACAUGAUUAUUACCCGAAUACGGUAUCUAUGGUAUGGAGUAAUUAGUAUCGAAACAUGUCAAGCUGAUAUACGGCAGAAAAUUAUUACCGCACCAGCACCACGAUUUAUGGGGACAAGACAGGCCAAGAAAAUUAACGCAUUACUACGGCAAUUGCAAAGCUACGGAACACUUGAAAAUUACCUAGACUCGUAUGAUGAGAUUAUUAGGCAAGCACAAACAGCAAUUGCAGCCAAUAAACACACUGUGUAUACUAUGGGACGUAGCAUGAUCUUUCUUAUGCAGCGACACCUCCUAACGAAGCAAAUGUUAUACGAGCAUUGUAGCCUAAAAAUUAUAAUGAUAAUAACCAAUCACGGAGAUGUAAGAUUCACGACCAGUAGCACCAGAGACCGCACCCACGAAAUAAUGCAAGCGAUCGAUUAUUUUAAAUCAAUACCAAUUUCAGAAAUGACUCAAGAUCAAGCGAUACGAGUACGUAUAAUAUCGGAUUGUUUAGAUUGGCUAGAAAUUCCGCUCCAAGGUGACAAGUGGCAACAAUUAUUGAGAUGGGUUGAUAAACUACUUCCGCAACCUGAGGAAAAAUAUAUAAAUACACCACCUUCCCCGCUUAGUGAGGAUAUUGAAGAAGCAAAUAGUUUUGAAGAAAUCGGAAAAGCAGAUAGCCCUGAAAAAACCGAACUAUUAAUCGAUCAAGAAAUCGGAUUUCCAAAUAACCAAGAUUCCGACGCAUUAACAUCUAUUAUCCAACCUAUCGAAGUACCUAAAGAAAUUAUCCAAAACAUGCCUCAAAUGGACACCGCAGACCUAACAAAAAUUCUUGGAGCUGUUAAGGAUGCGUUUAAAGAUAUUCAAAUGCCCAAUCAAAGGAUCGACGAAUAUCAAAUACCAUUUGUGCCUGGAAGAGACGAUCCAUUGGCUUACCUCGAAUUAUUGGAAGCACGAUUCCGCCUCAAUGGUGUGAAAACUUUCGAUCAAAGGAAAGAUAUUCUUCUCGGAGUAUAUCAAGGACAAAUGAAGGACUGGUUGGAGAAACAACUUGGAAAUAAUGCGCUCGGCGACAAGAUUACUAGUUGGGCUGGGGAAACCGACGAUGUAUUGGAAGAUUCUUCUUUCAAAAAACAGUUUUUGGAAAAAUUUAUGACGCCGCUCCUCCAACGAAAAAUGCGCCAACAAUUAAAAAAUUUAACGCUUAAUCCGAACGAGACGGUAGAUGCAUUUGUCAGCAGAAUGCACCGAUUGCACAAAAGUCUUGGAAUAAACCCAUCCGAAAACGAACUUGUCCAA